GUGUUUGAAAGCGGCGUUUGUUCAUAAGUGGAGAACAUGGAAAAGUUUCCUCUCACUCCCGGUCAGAGACAGUUGUUGUGUUGUGGAGAUGGCGGCCACCGGCAGCUCUGCGGCCUCGGACCGGAUGUACUCCCACCUGAUAGACGAGGGGAGUUAUGAGUCCAGACCAGAUGUGCAUCAGAGCGAUUACCCAGUCAGAGACCUCAGGCGGAGUGGUCCGGGUCCCUUCCGCUUUGCCACCAUCUGCCUGGCGACACUCUGUGCUAUCCUCCUGAUCUCAAUCAUAGCUGUCACUGCUCACUAUAAGAACAAACCCCCGCCUGGUGCUGAAGCAACUGCAGAGAUGCAGAAGGAGAAGGCAAAUGUUUCAGCAUUGAUGGAGACAAUCACAAAACUCCAGCAGGACAAUAAACAACUGCAGAAAGAAAAGGAAGAGCUGCAGCUGAACCUUACCUCAAUACUGACAUCCAAAGCCACUGCAACCACAGCUAAACCGAGCAGAGCUCCCAUUGUGUGUCCUACGAACUGGCAUCUCUUCACCGACAGCUGUUACCUCAUUUCUAAAGAUCGCAAAAGUUGGGCUGACAGCCAAACAUACUGUCAGAGACAAGGAGGUCAUCUGGCCAUUAUCCUAACAGCUGAAGAGCAGACCUUUUUGUGGGAUCUCCUUCCCAGAGGACACUGGAACUCAUACUGGUUUGGAAUCACAGACGGAGAGACAGAGGAUGAGUGGAAAUGGGUCGACGACACGCCGCUAGUUGGAGGUUUCUGGGAGGAAAACGAGCCCAAUAACCACAUAAAUGAGGACUGCGGUUACAUCGUCAAGACGCAGGUGUUGGAACGUGUGGCGACGAAAAGCUGGUACGAUGCCCCCUGCACCAUGCCGUUGCCCUACAUUUGCGAGAAGGAGAUGGGCGGUACCACACAAUAAUAAGAUGUUACCAACAAGACUGGCUAAAGCAAGACCUUCAGCCAGCUGGUCAUUUUAUUUUACAAAGAGGUCGGCUUUCAGGUUAUAUUAAUUAAAUUAUGAUUUAAACCACAGUGAGGCUUGUUAAAGAUAUACUUUUGGAGUGUCGUUUGCAUAUGUUUAUAUAAACCUUGACAUAGAGCUUUCCAAAACUUUAAAUAGAGCUUUAAAAAUUGAGCUUUUCAAAUCUCAAAUUUAAUGCAGUGCCUUUAAAUCACAGACAGAAGGUAAUAUUGCUAAUUAAUCUACUUAAAGCUUAGAAUUUCAUGUUGACUAAUAGUUCUGUUUUGAUGUUAUCUUUUACUAUGAAAGGUAUUGGAUAUGUUUUACUGGAAUACAGAAUACUUGUGGUUGUGUGGGAUUUUAUUAAAUGUAAUUUCACAUUUGUAUUUGAUUAGAAAGCACUUUAAGAUGCCAACAUUUCUGAUCGUUUGAAAGAAUCAGCCGCAGAUUUUGCAGGAAUAAAUUAAUCCACUAUUUAAUCACUAUUAAAUCACUCACAUUAUUAAGACAUGUGUAAAAGGGAUCUUGUGAAUUUCCUAAGUUUUUCAGAAUAACUGUAUUUGACAUGUUGUUGUUGUUUCAGCAAUUUAACAGAUUAACAAAAAUAAACUAAUUCUGUGCUACAAUUUUAAGUCUGCCAUUAAACCUAGUGCUCAAAGAAUAGACUUUAAAAUACUGUUGUUAGUUUACAAAUCACUGAACGGUUUAGUACCACAAUACAUCAAAGAUCUGCUGUUGUUGUAUCAAACUUCCAGACUCUCAGGUCUUCUGGUUCUGGUCUGCUCUGCAUUCCCAGAACCAGAACCAAAAGGCGAGAAGCGGCUUUCAGCAACUAUGCACCAAAAAUUUGGAACAAACUUCCAGAAAACUGUAAAACAGCGGAAACCCUGACUUCCUUUAAAUCUCAGCUAAAAACGCACCUGUUUAGAAUUGUAUUUGAAAUGUAUGUAACAAUGUAUUGUUUAUUCUAUGUUACAUGACUUUUUUGUGUGUUUAUGAUGUAACACACUCUGAAAUGCCUUGCUGCUGAAAUGUGCUAUACAAAUAAAAUUCGAUUGAUUGUU